AUGACAGCACAGUUAACGCAAGUGGUAACCAUUCAACCCAUAAAACAAUGUGAUGGACGCCAUAACAUAACUAUAUUCAUACAAAGCGGUGCCACUACAAGUCAUCAAUAUUACGCAAUACGGCAACAUCUGCGCCAGGGAUGGGUAGGUUCAGCCAAACAACUAGGUAUUGACGUAUGGUUUGUAUUGGGUUUGAGUCCAGAAAAACGGGACAAUCAGCUAAUCGGACGGGAAUCCCGGGAAAACAACAACGAUAUUAUACAAUUUGGUUUUGUCGAUCACUACCGUAAUCUAUCGCUGAAAACAAUAGCUAUGAUGUACUGGCACAAUAGGUAUUGCCCCGAUAGCCGACUAUUAGUUAAACUAGACGACGAUGUUUUCGUUAAUAUCGAUAGACUAGUCCAACAAUUACCCGAUAUUAUCGGGACCGCCGACGGUGGUAUUAGUGGUCAACUAAUAUUGGGUGCAAUGGUUCAACGAUAUACUAGCGAUCGAAACUAUAUACCGCAUACAGUAUGGCCGGAUGACUAUCUACCAGUCUAUGCCAAUGGACCGGCAUAUCUGAUGGACAGUCACUCAAGGGAUACGUUACUCCAGGGUAUUGUCCGGCACAGGGAUGUACCUGUUGUUGAUGUACCCGAAGAUGCUAUACUAUUGGGUAUAGUUGCCCAGCGCACCGGUAUCCCGUACAAUCAUAUUGAUAAUAUUAUUAGAGAUGAUAGGUGUAGGCGUGCCAGAUUGCUAGAGUCGACUGUAAUUGACGAAUACUAUAGUGAUUUACUUGAAUUAGGUCCGAAAGAUUUUAUCCGAAAACAACGUAAAUCGGUUUGGUUUGAUUAUCCAGGACUGGUAGAAAUGUGGGCACAUAAUUUACAUGUACUCGGUAGUCGAGACCAUUGGUAUCGUCUCGCUUCCCGUCGCCAGACGGUUGAGGCUCGAGAUGAGGUCUCGAUCAGAUCAGGCCAAAGGGCCGACAGUGUAAUACCAUCGCCACAUCGGGAGCGACCGGAAGGCGGUUAUCGGAUGGCCGUCGAGAACCCCUAG